AUGGCUCUGCACUCCCCCCUUCUCACCCUCUUCAUCCUCCUCCCCCUGUGUCUCUCUGCUGCCCCCUGCCCUCGCUCCUGCACUUGUCCACAGGUCACGGAGCUGCACUGCACCUUCAGGUCUCUGCUCUCCGUCCCUGAGCACAUCUCUCCCCACGUCCAGAGGAUCAACCUGGGGUUCAACAGCAUCAGCAGCGUGUCCCAGAAGUCCUUCUCUGGUCUCAGUCGUCUGGAGCUGCUUCUGGUUCACGGCAACAACAUCCAGGCGAUACCAGAUGGAGCAUUCAGAGACUUGUCAGCUCUGCAGAUGCUAAAACUAAGCUACAACAAACUCCGUGAGCUGAACCGCUACACGUUCUUGGGUCUCUGGUCUUUGGCGAGACUACACCUAGACCACAACCAUUUGGAGACCCUGGACCCAGACCUGUUCCAUGGUCUCACCAGCCUCCGUCUCCUGCAGCUGGAGGGAAACCAGAUUAAGCAGAUCCAUGUUUCCACCUUCUGCACCGUCACCAUCAUGGACCACUUCCACCUCUCUACCAUCAAACACCUGUAUCUGAGUAACAACAGCCUGAGCACCUUGUCCAGGGAGACGCUGGAGACCAUGCCUCAGCUUGAGAACCUCUAUCUCCAUGCUAACCCUCUGGUCUGUGACUGCAGCAUGGCUUGGCUCCAGCAGUGGAUACAAAAGGCACCAGACGUGUUGAAGUGUAAAAAAGAACGCUCUCUUCCCGGCGGUCAGCUCUGCCCCGUCUGCUCCUCUCCCAGAAAACUCCACCAGAAACCACUCCAACUCCUGGACGACAUGAGCUGUAGCCGUCCGGUCAUCACCUCCAGUGACCAUCGCUCUCAACCAGAAGAGACGCACCAAGACUUGGACCAGUUUCUGGACGAUUUCAAGCAGCCGUUUGGAAAUAUUUCUCUGGAACUUUCCGACGAACACGGCAACAAAGUGGAGCUUGAAUCCAGCGGAGAACCCAGGCCCUUCCUGUCGUGGACCAAAGUCUCGACCGGUGCCAGUAUCCCACAGAACACUCGACUCCAGCGCUUCGAAGUGCACAUGAAUGGAACACUCACCAUCAGAAACAUCCAACCUCUGGACGGCGGGGAGUACCUGUGCACAGUCCAGAACCAGUUUGGAUCCGACCAGAUGUUAACGAACGUUGUGGUGCUUUCCCAACACCCCAAAAUCCUUCAACCACGACACCGCGACCUCUCCGUCAACAUGGGCUCCAGCAUCGACGUGAGCUGCCAGGUCGAGGGCCACCCAAAGCCGAAAGUGACCUGGGUGCUUCCCAACCAGGCCCAGAUCACAACUACGCCUUUUUCACAAGUGGCAAACCGCGUUAGCAUCCUGCAAAAUGGCACUUUGCGAAUCCGGCAAGCCACUUUCUCGGAUAGAGGGAUUUACAAAUGCGUGGGGAGCAGCAGUUCCGGAGCAGAUACUGUUUCGAUAAGGUUUAAUGCCAUCGGAACGAGCAAGAGGACGGUGAACCUGUUUGUGAGGAGUAAGAUGCUAAUGGCUAAAGCUAGCAUCACAGCGGCGUCUGCGAAAGUGACGGAGGUGGUUUACGGAGCAGAGCUGGGGCUGGACUGCGUGGCUAAAGGCGAUCCGGAACCCAGGGUGAUCUGGAGAACGCCGUCCAAGAAACUUGUGGACGCUCAGUACAGCUUUGAUUCCAGAAUCCGGGUUUUCUCCAACGGUUCCCUUCUACUUCGCCCGGUCACGGACAAAGAUGGAGGUGAAUACUUGUGCAUCGCCCGCAACAAAAUGGGGGACGACCACGUGGCGGUUACCGUAAAGAUUUUGACCAAACCAGCGAAAAUAGAGCAGAAGUCUCCGCGAUGGAAGCAGGAGGUGGUUUACGGAGGGGACCUGAAGGUGGACUGUGUGGCCUCCGGACUCCCAGACCCGGACAUCAGGUGGUCCUUACCAGAUGGGACCAUGGUCAACACCAGGGAGCAGAAGACUGGACGAGGACGCAGGUUUGUGGUGUUUGACAACGGCACGCUUUUCUUCAACGACGUGGGGAAGCAUGAAGAGGGCGACUACACGUGCUACGCCGAGAACCGUGUCGGCAAAGACCAGAUGAAGGUCCAUGUCAAGGUCACCUCCGCCGCCUCUGCUCCAAGAAUCCUGGACAAGGCGCACAAUUUACCAGUGGAAGUAACUUACGGAGAGAAUUUAACCUUACACUGCGACGCGAGAGGCGAGCCAAAGCCAACGCAAACCUGGAUCUCGCCGAUGAACCGAGUGAUCGCUACAAAUACGGAGAAAUAUCAGGUUUUGAAUGAUGGAAUGCUGAUUGUGCGGAAAGUUCAACGCUUUGACGCUGGGGAUUACACCUGCGUGGCACGGAAUGCCAUCGGACAAGACAACAAAGUCGUCAAAGUUGCGGUUUUGGUUCAUCCACCUGUUUUCAGUGCGCAAGGAAAUCACUUUAAAGCUGCUACCCACGAGAACGAACGAGUUUUGCUAGACUGCGCGGCGAAGGGAUCUCCCAAUCCCAGAGUUGUGUGGGUUCUUCCUGGGAGCGUCAUCCUCCCUGCGCCUUAUUCUAGCAAUCGGAUCACGGUUUUCCCAAAUGGUACGUUGGAAAUACGCUCGGCGAGAAAGAGCGACUCAGCAAUACAACAGAUCAGCGUCUACGACAGAGGCUUGUACGUGUGUCGUGCGGCUAACGAAUACGGUAGCUCUUUCCUGUCUGUGUCGGUGAUAGUGAUAGCCUAUCCGCCGCGCAUCACUAACGGCCCCAGCUCGGUCACGUACGCUAAAAGGGGUGUGGCAGUUCAGCUAAACUGCGCGGUGACUGGAAUUCCAAGUGCAGAAGUGGCGUGGGAGACCCCAGACAAAGCCCGGCUGGUCGUGGGUUCGGUACCACGGCUACUUGGCAACAAGUACCUCCAUCCACAGGGGGCACUGGUGAUCCAGAACCCCAGCCAGAGAGACGCGGGGGUCUACAAGUGCACAGCGAGGAACGCGGUCAGAGAUUCUGGAGCGGAGCAGGAGCAGCUGGAGCAGAGGAAAUCCCUGUUAUAG